AUUUUUAUUGUCAAUUUGACGCUUUUCAAAAAUAGGUGCUUAAAUAUAAGAAAAAUACAGUAUUUCUAAUAAAAUGGGGCACCGAAAUAUGCUCUCAGUUAAAAAGGUCAAGCUUCAUGGGAUGACAUCUACAAAAUGGACAACAAAGGAUAAAAUAACACAAUAUAAGGGGCUUAUAAAUCUUUACACUAGAGAUAAGGCCAUAAUGGAGAUGGACUCAAUUGUCGAACAAAAAAAUCAGUACAAGGAUUUAAAGAAACUCCAAAAAAAUGUCGAACUUCAUAGAAAAGAAUUGGAUAAUGCCAUCGCAGGCGAUAAACAACAACUAAGAAAUACUUUAAUUGAACAUAAAGAAAUGCAAAUGGCCUAUGAGAAUUUACCCUCUAAGAAAGUUAUAGAAACUGUAAACCACCUUGCAUUUAACAAAAGAAAGGAAUACGACCGCUUGAAUUACAAAAUGAAACUGCGAUCGCAAAGGUAUAUAGAUUUAAAGAAUUAUGCUUCUGUUCUUGCGGACAAUUUGAACUAUGAUUUUGCUAAAUCGUCAAAAGAAUUACCGGAAGAGCAACAGGCUCAAAUAAUAACAGGAAAAGUUCAGGAUGCUAUUUUAAAGAGAGAAGCUGCAUUGGCAAUCAGACAAACUUAUACGCAAAUUAUUGAUAUAAUGAAAAAGGACGCUCUCUAUUUUGAUGCUAUUUUAAAUACAAUCCAAUAUGAUGGUUUAUUGCAAGGAAAAUGUAUGAUUAACGCUACUAAGCUAGGCCAGCUUGCUACUGAAUAUUUGGAUGACCGUAGACAAGAAUUCGAAAAACUCGAAAAAACAGUCAAGAAAGAUAUGCUCAACCGCAAAAGGGACUUGGCGGCUUUUACAGAGGAAGAAUUAGAAUUUUCCAAUCAUAUUAAGAACUUAUUAAGAAGAGACAGUGACAUUAAUAUAGGAAAAAUAGAAAUUGAAGAUCCUCCACAUUGUUUAAAUCUUCAAGAAGAUUUUGAAAACAUGGAAAAACUUUUAACUUUUUUAAAGAACAGCACUCUAGUUCCAUCUUUUGAUGCAAUUUACCCCUGUUUACAAGAACAGCAGCGCCAAAAAGAAAGGCUUGAAGAAAUGACUGCAAUAACAGAAGAAAAAAAUAAUACAAUGCUUAACAAAUACAAUCAUGGGAAACUCAUGAAAAUUGAACUUAAAAAUAGCAUGGUGACUUCUACAGCCCAAUACAACACCGAUAAGGUUGAAAUGCAAGAACAAAUAGAUGAAGAAACCGAAACCAAGAGAAAAUUGGAUAUUUUAAUUGAUACACGAAAUAAAAUACUUGCCGAUAUUUUAACAAAUUUAAAACAAUUCAAAUAUUCAGCGCAAUUAAUUACUCUUGAGGAAGAUAAGAAUGCCACUUGGGAUGGAAAUAAAGUACCCGAGCCUGAUGAAACUGAUGGAAUAAAAAUAAUUGAAUUUUUAACCAAAGCUUUCACAAAAUUAAUGAACAAUGUAAAACAAAAAUUAGUAGGACCUCAAAUGGAUGAAGGAUAUUCCAAGUAUGAAAAACUUAUGGCAGAAAUUACAUCUUCCAUAGAUUAUUCAGAAAUUAUUUUAGAAGAAUCACUAGUUGAGGAUCUUCAUUUGGACCCCAAUAUCUUUACAAGAGAGGACAUUAAAAGGCAAAGUGCUGAAAUUGUACUUGCCAAUACGAAAAGUGAAGAAUAAAAUAGAUAUACAUAAAUAUACUUCUUUUGAAAAUAAUAUAUAUAAUAAAUACUAAAUUUUUCGUAAUUUGUUUAUUAUUUUAAUUUAUUAUUAAAUUAAAAAUAUAAACAAAAAUUUUGAUAACAAGUACAUUUACUAGGAAAGAAACACAUUUUACUCAUCAUUCUGUAGCAAUGUAAAUUUAUUGUAUACUGCAUCAUUAGGUAGUUCUUCAUUAUAUUCAUCAUCAUCUUCAGAUUUCUCUGUAUCACUUUCAGUUUUUAUUUCAUCAUCGCAAACUGUAGUAAUUUUUGCAGUUUUCUCAACGUCAUCAUCUGAAAGUGGUAUCUCCUCUUCAAAUUCUUCCUGAUCCUCACUUCUAGCUUGGAUC